UGUGUGUAUUUCAAUUCACUGGAGCCUCGUCACCAAAGAGCAAAUAUGAAGACAUUUGCUAGAAAGGGAAAUGGAAUUGCAAAGCAGAGGAGUCUGCGGGUUCAAUGCAAGAGACUUCCAGGUCUUGUGAGCAGAAGGCAUUGUGGAGUGAGAAAGCGCAGAAGACAUACGAAUAGGGAAUUGGAGAGGAAAAUAAAGGCUAGGAUCGGGCAGCUGAAGGCGGAGAUGGUCGAGAUUGGGGAGGAACAACAAUGCAUAAAAGAGGGGCAAAGACAGGUGAGAAACAAGUAUGAGGAGAUUGAGGCUGAGCGAGAGCAACUCAAGAGGGAAAUGGAGGUCAUUGCCAAGCAGAGUGCGAGCAUUCAAUUGCGUCUAAAUUUGAUGUUCGGAAUCGUGAAAGCAAGAGGUCAAAACGAUUAUGUUUUGGUUGAUAAACUUACUCAGUCACUACGCGAUUUAGUAGCGAAGGCAGAAUGAGCAAAUGCAGUGACGAAUAAUGAUACAAUUAUUAAUAUUACGUACGAGAAGAUUAAAUAAUCUGCAGUACUGUUCACUUCAAAUUUAACUAGCAGUGUCGUCUGGUAUCUUGUACUUUCUUUCCAUCAGUAUUGUUUUCUGGACCCUGUGUGAAUCAUCUUAUGUUAUUUUUACUAGCGCUGUUUUUUUUUAGAAU